AUGCGGUGUUGUAACAUCCUAGGUAAUACUUCCUUCUUCGUCCAUAUUUUGGUCGUUCUCUUCGGUAUUGGCUCCUGGGUGGACAUCAAUGGGGUCUGGGUGGAGCUGCCCAUCUUGGUAGAGCACCUGCCCGAGGGGUGGAACCUGGGCUCCUACCUCAUCAUCAUCAUCCAGGUGGCAAACAUCGGACCCCUGCUCUACAUUGUUGGCCAUCUGCUGGCACCUCGAAUCAUCUCGGAGAGGCCUGUGAUCGUCAUCGUACUGUUCGUGAAUGCAGCAGCCUGCUUGCUACUAGCCUUUUUAUGGAAAUGGACGACAGAAAUCGGUGGAGAAGAGCACAGUACAUCGUUACUCGUCCUCAACUUCUUCCUAGCCAUGGGGGACUGCACCACCUCUAUCGUUUUCCUUACAUAUAUGUCCUUCUUCAAGGCACCCUACAUGGCGUCUUACUUCAUAGGGACUGGACUAAGCGCCUUGCUGCCCAGCCUUGUGGCGAUUGGACAGGGUAUAGGAGUCAUGACCUGCAGAAAUGCCUCGUAUACCAAUACCACAAAACUAAACGAUGGUACCUGGUUGAACAUCACUAGUUACUUCAUACGGCCGGAAUACCUCCCACCGAGGUUUCCACCCAGAGACUUUUUCCUGUUUCUCUUUGUGAUGGUGAGUAUAUCUUUUGUGUCAUUCACAUUACUGAACUUCCAUCCUUACUGUAAACGUGAACAGGUGAUUCCUGUCACAGAGGCACCGAAGGGAAGUACGGAGGAUAGUUUGAGUCUGUCUCGUACUAAGGAUGUGCUCAAUCUUGAUAGAGUCAACCCCUCAUCCACCACUGACAACUCGAAAGGGAUUUCCAUCACCAAUGAAAGUCUGAAAGAGAAACUCAGUGAUAUGCGAACAAAAACGAGGACCUUGAUCAUUAUAAGCAGAGGUGAAUUCGGGUUUCUUUUGAUGCUGACAGCCUGGGUUCACGGGCUGUGGUUUGGUGCUUUACUCUCCGUACAGCCUUACGCCUGUCUCCCGUACGGUAAUGACACGUACCAUCUAGCCGUGACGCUGGCUCAGAUUGCUUCCCCCCUGGCCUGUUUUUUGGUUUUUUUUCGUGGAAGUCAAGUCCAAGUGCACCCUCGCCUUCCUGGCGCUAUUGUCUUCGCUGGUUGCCGCUUAUAUCUUCGUGCAGGCUUCCCUUGGACCCGAGGCCAUCCUCGUCGGAAAGCCAUCGGGAGACGCUCUGGCGGUAUGUUUGCUUUAUUGUAA